GGAUCUAGCACCCUCACUGCCAAAACCGGAAUCCGAAUGUCACAACUGUUGUGUUGAUGGAGGCCGUACUCCGUACUGUAGAGCUAUAGUGUAGUAGAGUUGACACUUUGCAGUUGUGCAGAGGAUCACCGAUCAGUGGACGUGGAGGAACCAGUUCCUGUACCUGGAUCAGCAAUUCUACCUGUCGUUGUUGUUGCUUUUUUCUCUGGUGGCCAGAGAUCGGUGCAUGUACAGAGGUCCUGCUGCCGGCAUGGAGUACCGAUUCUAGCUAGCUGGAGUAAUACUAGUAUGUACGUGCUCGCACGUCAAGCUAAAUAAAAAUGCAGUACUGCCAGUAGUGACUAGUCGUUGGUGAAGACUCGCGACCAGUUUCCGGGUGUGUGUGUGCUCAGCCCAAUCUGCUCAAAGUCAAAUCCUGCGCAGCACCGGAUCCCGGACCGGAGUCGAGUGGUGAUCGGCAGGCCAGGGCGCGGCACGGGCGCAAUGGGCCGUUCCAUCACCUGUGUAUUGUGGCGAGGCACGGUGUGCGUCUUCGCUCUAUUUAUGACAUCCGGGCUGCUACUUCUGGAAGUCGCAGCAGCAGCGGCUGCUGCGGCAGCGUCGACGGCUGCGACUGGAACAGCAACUGCAGGUGCACCAUGCUCGUCUCAGGAGAUUCUCUCACCGGAGAACUCACUGUCGCUGUCAUCACAGCUACUGAGCAGCUCAUCCAACGCUCAGUGUGGACCUGCACAGGGAGAACAUCAGGGUAUUGUGGCUCGGGCUGGUGAUGGUAGGCUGAAUGCACACAUUGGUUGUGGAGGCUGGAUACCGUCUGGCAGUAACAGCACCGAGUAUUGGCAGGUGGACUUUCUCCAGCCUGAACUAGUCACCCAGCUGACAGUGCAAGGCUUUGUGCACCGCUACACUGGACAGUCGUACUCGGUGACGUCACUACGCGUGUUGCUUAGCAACGACAGUGUGCAUUUCACUGCCGCAGAGGUCGGCACGCCAGUCUACCGCGACGUGUCCAGCGCUUCGGCCGUUGCUGUGUUUGAUAUUCACGUCGUCGGCAAGCGAGCUGCCCGCUAUGUCCGCCUCACGCAUCUAAGCCGUGCCAGCGCUCCCCACCGUCUGGGCAUGCGAGUGGGAUUGUACGUCUGCGGCAUGCCAGCCUCCAUGAAAGCCAUGGCAGCAUGCAACAAGCCUCUGGGCCUGGCACUGGACAGCAUCAUCCCGGACUCAGCCUUCACCUCCAGUAGCUACGACCACUACGAGGGCAGCAACAGCAGCAGCAGCAUUACCAGCAACAACAAUGACACGGAUCGCUUUGCACCAUACCAGGCACGGAUUCGACCCACGAUCGACGACGAUGGAUCAUCGGCUUGGUGUGCCGACAGCAAUGCAACCGGCCGUACGUAUCUUCAGAUUGACCUUGGCCAGUCGCUUCUUAUCAGUGCACUGGAGCUGGAGGGCUACCGAGAUUCAAACGGCACCGGACCACUGUCAGGUUACCAUGGCGUCGAUCAGUUCUCCGUGUUGCUGAGCAACAGCAGGGGAUUUUCCCACGACUUUGAUGUGGUGGUGCGGGUGGACUUUCUCGGGAAUGAACAAGUUGAGGUGUUCACGGGCCCCCAGCAGCCGCAGGACCCACAGCCGCUGCGGCAGGCCUUCCUGCAGCCUCUCCGGGCACGCUUCGUGCGCCUGGUCGGCUUUGGCAGCCGGCGUACGGUGUGCGUUCGGAUGGAAAUGUAUGGAUGCAAACCGGCCGCGUACGACGGACCGGAACUACCCCUUGUCCACGCAAAUUCACCGACGGUCGAAGUAUCAACAGUUUUUCCAGCCGCAACGACACAUCGCCACAGCACGCUGGGAAAGUCCCUGACAACGGGUACUCGCAUUGGGAUUGCGACGGGCGUGCUGUGCGUGCUAGCAAUCCUGGGUUCAAUCCUGGUGAUGCACACACGCUACUACUGUGCCAGGAAGCGGGAGAUUGCACGCUGUACCCUUGAUGAAGUCAUCAAGCCGCUACGACGCAGCGAAAGGCAACGACUGAUGUCGACAGACUCAGCGGAGUCGGCAUUGAUUGAACUGUAACCAAUACGCAUUUCUCCCCCCCCCCCCCACCUAGUGCAGCUACUACAAGUACAUCAUUCGCAUCACCUUGAGACAACCGUCAUUUUCUUGAAGAUUGCGCCGAACACUAAGUUAUGUUCUCUUUUCAAACACACACAUACUCACAGAUACACACAGAUACACACAGACGGAUAGACGGACAGACAGACACACGGACAGACGGCCGGACGGACACACACACACAGACAGACACGCAUGCACACACAAAAACAGACAGACACACACACCCAUACAUACGCACACACACACGCACACACGCACACACACACACACAGCGCCAAUCUGAUGCCGUGAUCUCCGUAUCUCUCUCAAUUUCGCCGCGCACACAUACAACCAGUCUAAAGGAAGUAUGGACGCGGGUAUAAGUUAUGAGCUGCACUUUGCAAGUUUUGUCGCCGGCUUUAUUUAUCUUGUGCAUACUAGUAUUUCAAAUUUGGUCAGAAAUUAACGCUUGCAUCCACAGUUUAUGCCUUCAACGCCAGCUUAAUUUAUCCUGUAGGUCCCCGUGGUUACUAUAGCAACCCAGCCGGCAGUGCAUGAAAGGAAGAGAGAAACUAGUGUGCACGGGCAGGCUGGGUUCCCAUAGCAACCUCUGUGACCUGAUAAUCCCAUCGAACGUACCGGUAUUGCAAAAUCAUUUUGUUGUGAUCAUCGUUGA